AUGGACAGAGGCAGGACAACUCCACUUGGUAUCUUUACUCUGUCUGUUUUAGGAAUUCUGUCCAUUGCUGCCCUUUUAGGGAAUGGAUUUAUCAUAGUAGUUAUUGGCCACCGUUGGCUUCAAAGCAGGAAAAUGGUACCUUGUGAUCUCCUCUUGACCAGUUUGAGCACCAGCAGAUUUCUGUUGCAGCUGAUUGUCAUGAUGAGCCAGUUUCUCUAUUUCUGUUCUCCGGAGAUCUAUACCCAUGUACAGGAGGUUAUCGACUAUGUCUGGAUGUUUUUCAACAUUGUCAGCUUCUGGUGUACCUCUUGGCUCAGUGUUUUCUACUGCGUGAAGGUCGCCAACUUCAUCCAUGCCCUCUUCCUGUGGCUCAAGCUUAGAAUCAAUAUGCUCGUGCCCAGACUUCUUGGAAUGUCACUCAUACCUUUCGUUGUCUUCUCUGUUUCCAUAGUUGUGAGUUGUUUUGGAAAGAAAAAGCACUACAGUCUGUCAGGAAAUCUGCCAGGGAAUACCAGCCAAAGUGAGGCUUGCGACUACAGCCUAACUAUAGUUCAACGCCUGCAAAUUGCUUUCAGUGCCAUCAAUGUCAGCAUCUGUUUAACUGCAUCAAUCCUUUUGCUCGUCUCUUUGUGGAGACACACCAGGCAUCUGAAAAAGAAUGGCAUUGGAAUUAAGGACUUCAACACUCAGGCCCAUUUCAAUGUUAUCAUGUCUUUACUGUUAUUUCUCUUCUUCUACAUUCUAUAUUUUGUUGCUGUCAUGCUGCCCAUGACAAAGUACUUCAAGUUUGGAAACCUUGAGCGACUGGUUUCUGAUACUGCACUGUCUUUGUUGCCUUCUGCACACUCCAUAAUCUUAAUAUUGACCAAUCCCAAAUUGAAAGAGGUGUGCACACGAGUUCUAAACAUCAGACGAAGAUCUUCAUAA